AGCUCCAAUUUAAUGAGUAACCCGGCAUUGCUUACUCAUUUCACUCUACAAAUAUUUUAUUUUUUUCCACUAUAAAUAUACACACACAAAUCUCAAACUGUUAAACACAACAAAUCAAAAGUAAUAACUGAAUCAUAUUUACAUAUAUGCACCCUUUGGUUAAAAACUAAGAAGAAACCAAAAUGGGAAGUUCUACUAAAAUUAAUCCUUGCUACGUUCUCUUACCGUUUUUCCUUGUCCUAGCCGCGAAUGCAACACAUAAAAACGUUUUCCUCCCAAGGCCACGGAUCGGGUAUUACGGUAGUGCAUGCUGGAAUGUAGAAUCGAUAGUGCGGUCCGUGGUCGAGUCUAACUAUCUUGCUAAUCCAGCUAAUGCUCCGGGCAUUUUGCGUAUGCACUUUCACGAUUGUUUCGUCCAAGGCUGUGACGCCUCCGUUCUCCUAGCCGGACCUAACUCCGAGAGAACGGCGAUUCCGAAUCUAUCGUUGAGAGGGUUUAAUGUCAUCGAAGAAGCUAAGACGCAGCUUGAGAUCGCUUGUCCUCGAACUGUCUCUUGUGCUGAUAUUCUCGCACUCGCUGCACGCGACUUCGUCAAUUUGGCCGGUGGACCAUGGUGGCCAGUUCCAUUGGGGCGACUCGAUGGCCGGGUUUCGCUAGCCUCGAAUGUCAUUUUGCCGGGACCUACCGACUCCGUUGCCGUACAGAAGCUGAGGUUCGCCGAAAAAAAUCUUAAUACCCAAGAUCUCGUUGUCCUUGCUGGUACGUUGUAGAUUUUAGGCCUCGAUCGCUUGU